AAAAGAUUUCAUCAUGACGACAUGCACACGAGACGUAUUAUCCCGAUUACAAGCACUCUCUAAAGCACAAGAAACACGAAUAGCUCUUUACCAAGAAUUUGAUGACGCGUAUCAAGAUUAUCUUCAAAACAAGUGUCCUACAGAACAGUUUUAUUCCAUUUGCGGUAUUGUUACGGAAGGUUUCCAAGAAGUAUCAUUGGAAAUUCAAGCUAUUGAAAAGGAACUUUCAGAAAAACAUAAAAGAUCGGAUCUUUCUAUAUUAAUACGACGACUACAGCAAGCAGAAAAGGACAAGUUAUAUAACACAACUCAUUUGCAAAUAUAUACUAUCAAGUCAAGGAAAGAAGAAAAGGAUUAUGACACGACCAUUCAAGAAACCAAACAAAGGCUACAAGACGCUGUGAAUGCUAUUCAAGAAGUAUGGGACGAAAUACGACAAGAAAUCACUGAUUUAACCUAUGCAGCACAAUGAUACAUAGAAUAGAAUAGAAUAAUCAUGUAAUAUAUAUCAAUCAUUUUAUUAUUGUUAUUCGUUUUGAAAUGUACAAAAUAUAUAUUUUUUUUUCUUCU